AUUUCUACUGGAUUGCUUUCUUUGCGAUAGACAUUGCUCAAUUCAUCCAGUCUAACUUCCAAGUGAAGUCGACAUGGUCAGGGCUUGAAGAAGUUGAUCAAAACAUCUACUUGAGUAUGACCGAAGCAAGCGUUGCGCGCGAAGGGGCGCUGGUCUUCCAAAAUCGCGAUACGAACUUUACCUUUGGUAUCGGCAUCAAACUCCCGAUGCCUCCAGACUCGAUCCAUGCGAAAGUAGCCAUAUUGGAUGACACCAGGCAUGUGGGGCUUUUCUUGGACUCAACAACCGGGCGUGUGAUGCCACCAUCAAAAGUCUACAAGGCCGCCGAUUACCGAACAUCAUCCAAUAGUGUUAUCAGUAAAGUAGUCGGUCCAUAUAACGUCUUUGUCCGAUUCAACAAGGCGUAUAACAAUCCGAGGGCAAAAUUCACGAUUGGAUUCCUUCCAGUGGCGAGCCAGUGAAUAACGCCACAAGCAGACUCUCUUGAACAAAAGAUGGUAGUCAAUCUGUGACUUUUAUUCUAGGACUUCAUACCCUUUACAGUGCUGGGUCAAAAGUUUGGGCGCACAGACAUCUCACUGCUCUGGUUCUACUCUUGCUCGCUCGACACCAUCGUGAGGAUA